AUGUUAAGGGUGGAUGAGUACAAAACAAAUUGCUGUGGGAAAGGAGACGCGGCUCCCGGCAGAGGCAGCGUCUGUUCUCUGGCUGGUGCCCCUGAGAACCGACAUCGCCGCUCGGGGAACAGAGGCCGGCCAGCCGCUGAAAGGCGCGGAAGAGAUGAUGCCAUUACUAAAGCUGAAAGAAAGCAGAGCGCGGGGUUCAGACAAGGGCUGAGGAACGAAGAAAGAGGGGCACUGUGCGUCCAGGAAAGUGGAUAG